AUGACGACAUACAUAGAAAGUUCAGACUGCAAAAGAGAUCGGCAGCUAAGGGGAGGGGGGAUCAGAGACAAGCCACCACCAUAUGCUACUAGGGCUGCCGGGUUCCACGUGAUUCCGGGUGAACCCCUCCUCCGACCACCGGGACAGAGGAGGCCUGCCGACCAAUCAGAAUUGGUGAUUGAGGAGUUGGCCGAUCCGUCCGCUGUCUUUGAUGUGGAUGCUUCGAUCCCGACCAUUUCUUCCGUGAACAAAUUUCGUUCUCCAGCUUCUGCGAUCGAACCGGUGUCUUCCCUCUUGUUGUUUGCCCCUCUCCCUCUCCUUCCCUUCGCUCGCGCUGUGCCCCUCUAUUCUCUUUCGCCUCUUGUCUGGUCCGCGCAUUAUGGCUUCUGCUUUGGCAAACCCCCUUGUCCUCUCCUUCUCCGAAAUGGCCCGGUCGGGCGAUGGCCGAGGAUGAUGAUGCUGUUUUUUCCCGCUUCCAUCGGUCGCAAAGACGUCUUUGCGACGCGUCGCCGAUCUAGCUCCCAUCUCAGGGACUUGCUCUUCAUCUCCUCAUGUGCCCGUGCUACUGCCUUCACUUCAGUGUCAUCUCUCGUUUGUAGUUGUAUCUCUGCUGGUGGUCGCGCCGUUCAUCUUGUGUUCGGUGCUUCAAACGCGUUACUAGCUCACAACCCGUUCAGUUCUGGCUCACCUGUGCACCCCAGCAACUGUAGCCCUUCACUGGGACUAUCCAAUGGCUCCACCGCAAUUCAAUGA